AUGGCAUCCGGCUACAAAAGCGUCGACGGCGAGAGCUCCUGCAACAAGAGAAGCGAAAGAGACGGCGAGAGCUCCUGCAACAAGAGACGCAAAAUAGACAGCGACUGCAUGGAGGACGACGGCGAGGAUUGCAUCUAUGAAUACGACGACGAUGAUGCCAGCGGCGGCGACUACGACUACGGCGAAGAUGCAGAUGAAUACAUGAGCGACGCGGAGGAAACAAAGGUCCACGUCGCCCCAGUGACGUAUGUCGUCCUAACCGAGGACGACGUCCUCAAACGGCAGGCGGAGGACACGGCCGGCAUCGCCGAGGUCCUCUCGAUCCCGCCGGCGUUCGCGGCCUUCCUCCUCCGGCGAUACAAAUGGAUGCCCUCUAACCUCCAGGACGACUGGUUCUCGGACGACCGCCGCGUCCGCGACGCCGCCGGCCUGCCGGCGGACGGCGGCGCCCCCGUCGUCGCCACGGCGCUCAGCCCCUGGCCGCUCAUCUGCGCCAUCUGCUUCGACCGGUACCCCGCCGGUGCGACGAGAUCGGCGUCGUGCUCCUCCCACUUCUACUGCGACGACUGCUGGCGCGGGUACGUCGGCGCCGCCGUCGGCGACGGCCCCCGGUGCCUCUCGCUGCGGUGCCCGGACCCGGCCUGCUCCGCCGCCGUCGUCCGUGGCCUCGUCGACGCGGUCGCCGGGGCCGCCGAUAGGGAGCGGUACGCGCGGUUCGCGCUCCGGUCGUACGUGGAGGAGAGCGGUGGCCGGAUCAAGUGGUGCCCCGGCGCCGGCUGCUCCCGCGCCGUCGAGUUCGUCGGCUGCGCCGGCUACGACGCCACGGACGUGUUCUGCAAGUGCAGGCACGGCUUCUGCUGGAGCUGCGGCGAGGAGGCCCACCGGCCGGUGUCGUGCGGCACGGUGCGCGCGUGGCUGGCGAAGAACAAGUCCGACUCGGAGACGGUGAACUGGAUGCUGGCCAACACUAAGCUCUGCCCAAAGUGCCGGCGCGCGAUCGAGAAGAACCAUGGCUGCAACCACAUAAGUUGCCCCUGCGGCCACCAUUUCUGCUGGCUCUGCUUCCAGCCGGCGGGGACGCGGGAGCACUACGCCUGCCAGGGCGAUACCUACCGGCCGCGGUUGAACGCCGCCGGCAGCAAGGCCGCCGUCGAGACCAAGGAGGAGGCGACGGCGCGGCAGGCCAGGGCGUCGCUGGACAGGUACCUGUUCCACUACGAGCGGUGGGCGGGCAACCUCAAGUCGCUGGAGAAGGCGCGCCAGGACAUGGACAAGCUGGAGAGGUCGGAGCUCGAGGAGAUGGCCGCGGUGGUCGGCGUCAAGGCGGUGACGGAGCUCGAGUUCGUGACCGAGGCGUACGAGGAGAUCGUCUAUGGCCGGCGGGUGCUGCAGUGGGCGCACGCGUACGGCUACUAUCUGGACCCGGAGCGCGACGGGAUGAAGCGCGAGCUGUUCGACUACCUGCAGGUCGAGGCCAACUCGUCGCUGGAGCGCCUGCACAAGUGCGCCGAGGUGGACAGGAAGGAGAUCUUCUGCUGCGAUGGCGAGGGCGAGGGCAAGGGCGAGGCCGCCGAUGUCUCGAAGGUGAUCAAAGAUUACAAGAAGGUCUUCAAAGAUUACAGGGAUAGGAUGGUGAACUUGACCGUGGCGUCGCGGACCUUCAUGGGGAACCUUGUGAAGGCAUUUGAGACCGAUCUGCCCGAGGUCUAUACAAUGAACUUCUAG